GUGCAGACACGCCUUACUCGAGACAUACUGAUAACUAACUAAUGGACAGUGAAGAUGAAUGUCAGUGGAGAUACGACCAGCAUGUAUAUAUAUGCAUUGAAAGGGGACUGAGCAGCAGAAAGAGCCAUUGUGCUGCGAGUCACCGCUUAAAACCUUUUCCAUCACCAUCACCAUUACCAUCACCGCCAUGGGUUCCUCACAACCGCUCGACGCCUCUCGCCUGACCUACACCUUCACAGCCGCUCCACGCGAGGUCCCAGACGCCCAAACCCUGAGCAGCACCCGCAAGACAAUAUGCACCGACCACAUGAUCACUGCAUCCUGGAACGCCGAGAGCGGCUGGUCCGCGCCGGAACUGAAGCCCUACGGCCCUCUGAGCCUUGAACCCAGCGCCUCGUGCCUGCACUACGCCUACGAAUGCUUCGAGGGCCUCAAGGCCUACCGCGGCCACGACGGAAAACUGCGGAUGUUCCGCACCGACCGCAACACCCGCCGCCUGCUGAUGUCCGCCCAGCGCAUCUCCCUCCCCGAAUUCGACCCCGACGAGCUCGAGAAACUCAUCUAUACAUUACUCUCCGUCGACGGGACCAAGUGGCUUCCCCGAGACCGCACGGGAUCCUUUCUGUACGUGCGCCCGACCAUCAUCGGGACGGACUCACAGCUCGGCGUCGCGCGGCCGACGGAGGCCCUCCUCUACAUCAUUGUCGGCUACAUGGCUCGCCUGGACGCUCCGGCCGGCGGGAAACGCCUGCUCACCAAUCCGGACGACACGGUGCGCUCCUGGGUCGGCGGGUUCGGAUAUGCGAAAGUGGGCGCCAACUAUGGGCCGGCCGUGCUGGCGACCCAGGAGGCCUUCCGGCAGGGAUACCAUCAGAUCCUGUGGCUGUAUGGGCCGGACGGGUCCUGCACGGAGGCCGGCGGGAGCAACUUCUUUGUGGUUUGGCAACGUCGGGAGGAUGGGAAGAAGGAGCUUGUCACGGCCCCGUUGGAUGAUCGGCUGAUCCUGGACGGGGUCACCCGCCGCAGUUGCCUGGAAUUGGUGAGAGAGCGACUGAAGGGCGAGGUGGAGGUCUCGGAGCGGAAGUUCACCAUCGGGGAUCUUCUGGAGGCGGCGGCGGAGAACCGUCUCUUGGAGUCGUUUGCUGCUGGUACCGCGUGGUUCAUUACUCCUAUCUCGUUGAUUCACCACCGUCAAGAAGACAUCCAUAUCCCAACUGGGCCGGAUGGAACACCGGGGGAAAUUACGGGCAUGCUCAAGGGAUGGUUGGGGGAUAUGAUGUAUGGGCGGGUAGAGCAUGAAUGGGCAAGAGUAGUGGCUGAGAGGGGGGAGAAUAUCGAAUAAGUAGAGGUCACUUGUGAAGUUCAAAGUUUAAUAAAUUAGGUAGUAGACAGAU